AUGGAUAGAGAAAGUGAUGAAGAUUUUGAAUCAGAACACAAGUAUCGCAUUGUGAAUGAAGGAGAAUUCCUUUUGAAACAUGCUGCGAAUUUGUAUACUAGAAAUGUUUUCAAUAAGUUCAAGGAUGAAUGGAGUAAAGUUAAUCUCUAUAAAGUUGAAGAAAUGCCAUGUGACAACGAAUAUCAUGCAUACCUAGUGAAAACAAAACUUGGAGAGCAUGAAGAGUUUGUGGUGAAGUUAAAUUUGCAAACAUACAAAGAUACACUACCUGACCAUUUUAUUCUUCCAAGAUGGAGACAAGAAGCAAACAAAUUUAGGAUAAUGGAUUUUAAAAUUUUGGUGACAAAUGAUGGUAAAGAAGAAUCAGAGGCUUUGCGACUUAGCCAUAUGUGUCAUCAAGCAACAAAGUUGGCUUGCAUUGCAGCAUCUUCAAAUGAGGCAUACACAACUUUCAUGGAAGCUAUAAAGGAAUUGUCCAAGAAACUGUCAGAAAAUUCUACUCAUCAUGCAACAAUUCCUUCCUCAACAACAGUAGAUAUCAAUGUUUCAUACUUGAAUUCUGCUUACUAUGGUGAGGAGGUUGAAGUUGAGGCCAAGGCUUUACGAGUUGGGAAGGCUGUUGGUGUUGCCAGUGUUGAGUUAAGGAAGAAGAAGACAUGCAAAUUAUAG